CGAGCACUCCCUUCCUUGGCGUGGGGCAAUCAUCCUCCCACGGUCUCGGGAAGCCCCGACGCCUCACGCGUCCUCGCCGUAGAGGAGCCGCCCGGGCGUAGUUCCUCCACCGCUUCCUCCUCCAGCGGCAACCACCCGAUCCUUCCUGCAGAACCAGGACUCCACCUCCCGGGGUUUGAAGCGCGCGCCUCCGCAGGCGGAGUUGGUAGGGAGCCGGGGGCAGGCGCGAGGUGGUGCGCACGCGCGCACAGUGGGCGGCCCCGCCCCCGCCCACGCCCACGCACCGCCUCCUCGUCGCGGCCGCCGCGGCCGGUCCACCCGGCUCCCGGCAGCAAACCUGUCUCGGCGGGGCGGGAGCGGAGCUUCCUCCUCCGUGUGCGGUGCCGCGCCGCCGGUUUGUCCUUCCGCCCCUGCCUCCGCGGCACUCGAGCGAGCGAGGCGACGAGCGGAAGGUGCACUGGAGCCGACGGUCGCGAUGCGGCCGGCGGGAGCCGCCGCAGUCGCGGCGGGGUCGCCUGCACGGGAGAUGCCGCAGUGCGGGGAGCCGCAGCAGGCCCUGUCGCCCCCGGCUUCGCAGCUGCCUCUGGUCGCACCUUCGGGGCCGCCGCUCCCGGCUCCGGGCAGCGUGACCAUCAACCGUCUUCCCGAGCCGCUGCUGCGGAAGCUCAGCGGGAGCUUGGACCGAGCGCCCGAGGGCCGAGGCUGGAGGAGGCUGGCGGAGGUUGCGGGGAGUCGGGGGCGCCUCCGGCUAAGCUGCCUGGACUUGGAGCAGUGUUCCCUGAAGGUCUUGGAGCCCGAAGGAAGCCCGAGCCUGUGCCUGCUGAAGCUCCUGGGCGAGAAGGGCUGCACUGUCACGGAGCUGAGUGACUUCCUGCAGGCUCUGGAGCACACCGACGCCCUCCAGCUCCUCAGCCCCCCAGGAAUAAAGAUCACUGUGAACCCGGAAUCAAAGGCGGUCUUGGCCGGACAGUUUGUGAAGCUCUGUUGCCGGGCAACUGGGCACCCUUUUGUGCAGUAUCAGUGGUUCAAAAUGAAUAAAGAGAUCCCAAAUGGAAAUGCAUCAGAACUUAUCUUUAACACAGUGCACGUGAAAGAUGCCGGCUUUUAUGUCUGUCGAGUCAACAAUAACUGCACCUUUGAAUUCAGCCAGUGGUCGCAGCUGGAUGUUUGCGAUGUCACAGAAUUAGCAGAAAGCUUCCAGGGAAGUCUGGAUGCCAUCUCUGAAUCCAAGUUGCAAAUAUGUGUUGAGCCAAAGUCCCAGAAGCUGACGCCAGGCAGCACGCUGGUCCUGCAGUGCGUGGCGGUGGGAAGCCCUAUUCCUCACUACCAGUGGUUCAGAAACGAGGCCCUGUUAGCCCAUGAGACGAAAAAGAUAUACAUGGUGCCGUAUGUGGAUGUGGAGCAUCAGGGAACCUACUGGUGUCGUGUCUAUAAUGACCGGGACAGUCUCGAUAGCAAGAAGGCAGAAGUCACCGUAGGAAGAACAGAUGGGGCAGUGGAGUGCACGGAAGAUGAAUUACAUCAUCUUGGGCAUCCUGAUAAUAAAGAGCAAACAGCUGAACAACCUUUGGCAAAGGACAAGGUGGCUCUUUUGAUAGGCAACAUGAAUUACUGGGAGCACCCCAAGCUGAAGGCCCCGCUGGUGGACGUGUAUGAACUGACCAACCUGCUAAGGCAGCUCGACUUCAAAGUCGUCUCCCUGCUGGAUCUGACCGAGUACGAGAUGCGCAAUGCUGUGGACGAGUUCUUGCUGCUUUUAGACAAAGGAGUAUACGGGUUAUUAUAUUAUGCGGGACACGGUUAUGAAAACUUUGGAAACAGCUUUAUGGUCCCUGUUGAUGCUCCAAACCCGUAUAGGUCUGAAAAUUGCCUGUGUGUGCAAAACAUACUGAAAUUGAUGCAAGAAAAAGAAACCGGACUCAACGUGUUCCUGUUGGACAUGUGUAGGAAAAGAAAUGACUACGACGACACCAUCCCAAUCUUGGACGCACUGAAAGUCACGGCCAACAUCGUGUUUGGAUAUGCCACGUGUCAAGGAGCAGAAGCUUUUGAAAUCCAGCACUCUGGAUUGGCAAAUGGAAUCUUUAUGAAAUUUUUAAAAGAUCGAUUAUUAGAAGACAAGAAAAUUACCGUGUUACUGGAUGAAGUCGCAGAAGAUAUGGGCAAAUGCCAUCUUACCAAAGGCAAGCAGGCCCUAGAGAUCCGAAGCAGCUUGUCGGAAAAGCGGGCACUGACGGACCCCAUACAGGGAACGGCGCACUCCGCGGAGUCUCUGGUGCGGAACCUGCAGUGGGCCAAGGCACACGAGCUCCCCGAAAGCAUGUGUCUGCGGUUUCAGUGCGGUGUCCAGGUCCAGCUAGGGUUUGCAGCCGAGUUCUCCAACGUCAUGGUCAUCUACACGAGCAUCGUCCACAAGCCACCCGACAUAAUGAUGUGUGACGCCUACGUCACCGAUUUUCCGCUUGACCUAGAUAUUGAUCCAAAAGAUGCAAAUAAAGGGACACCUGAAGAGACCGGCAGCUAUCUAGUAUCAAAGGAGCUUCCCAAGCAUUGCCUGUACACUAGACUCAGUUCACUGCAGAAACUAAAGGAACAGCUCAUCUUCACGGUGUGCUUGUCGUAUCAGUACUCGGGGCUGGAAGACACCAUCGAGGAGAAGCAGGAGGUGAACGUGGGGAAGCCUCUCAUCGCCAAGCUGGACAUCCACCGGGGCUCGGGGAGGAACACGUGCUUCCAGACCUGCGUCAUGUGCAACGGCCCCUACCCGAGCUCCGCGCCCGCCCCGGCCGGGCUCUACCACCCCUCGCAGGACUCCUUCCUCGGCGUCUACCACUCGCAUCUCGGCGACUCCGGCAGCGUCCCGCCGUCGGACAGCUGCCACUGCAGCCGGACUGCAGACGCCUUCAUUUCCAGUCACCACGCGCACCGGUACACGUCUCCGUUCGGGGGCAGUAACGUGCCCGUCGAGACCACCGACGAGAUCCCGUUCAACUUCUCCGACGGGCUCAGGAUCUCUGAGAAGUGACCUCCUCGCUUUUGAAAGUUACAGUUGCCAGAUGCCUCCGACGCAACAGUACUUGUGGAAAGUGGGGUGUUGUGGAAAGGCACAUGUGCAUGUAGGGAGGGAGAAGUAAGAGCCGUCCCCUGGUGAGCUCAGGACUCUGAGCUGAGCUGCUGGAUCUCUAUUGUUCAACCACAGACUUCCGCGUCCUGCUUUCUCGGUGAAGGCCUCGGCCGAUGGGUUCUGUGAGAGGGAGGUACCGAUGUGGGCGUGUUCAUUUGUACAUAACAGAAGUAUUUCCAUUUUGACCACCCUGAAGGGAGAACACUGGGAAUGGCAUCACUGUGGAAUAAAUCCUUGCAUUUUCAGAGCCAGAAAAAGGAUCUCUGUGAUGCUCAGGCUCACCCGGAUUUGAUGAGGGGAGGAACACACCGCGGCGUCUGGUUCAAGUGGGAGCUGGCACUGCGACCCCCGGAUUUCCAGCCUGGGAUUCUGCCGCGCGCACCGCCUUCCCGACGGGCUCGGGGACGGGCAUCGCAUGUGCAGACAGGGGUGAAGACAGUGUGGAAUCGUGGGUAUCUGCACGUAAACUAGACGUGCGCAGGCUUUAGUCUGCGAUUAUAGGACUUGGCUGCUAAUGUCAGUUAAGAGGUUUGCAUGUAAAUUUUACGUAGAACAAGCUGAAGUUUUUUGGUCUGAGGUCAAGAAAGCGCAUGAGCGGUGACAAAACGUGUGUCUCUGUAAAAGCUGGACAGCAGGAUGGGGACAGCAGGGUGGGGGAUAACCAUGCGACCGGGGAAAACCCGGCGUCCGCCUGCCUGAACCCUACGAACACUUGGACGUGUCUUCCUUGGUAACACGCGCCUUCUUACUGAACUUGACCCACCUUGGAAGUAAUCUCACCACCUUACUCCUUAAAGUUGUUCUGCCCCAAAGCAAGUUUAAAACGUAGCUGUCGAUAACAAAGAGAAAAUUGUGUUUGUAAUUUUAAAACAUUCCACAAGGAAAAUCUCAGGCGCAGAUGGCUUCCCUGCUGUAUUCUACCAAACAUUUAGAGAUUAACGCCCAUGCUGCGCUGACGUGGAACCAAAGACAUCACAAACUACAGACCAGUGUCUACUGUGAGUGUAGAUUUAAAAAUCAUCAGCAAAGUACUAGCAGACUGAAUCUGGCAACGUAUAAAAAGGCUUGUACACCAUGGCCAAGUAAGAUUCACCCCAGGGUCCCACGGUCAGUGUAACACCCAAAAAUCAGUGUGCUGUGCAAAGGAGUCUUGCUCACAGUAGGCACAUCCGAUAAAGUCACCGGUAAUACUGAGUUAGAGACUGUGCAGCUGUAGCCCCUGGGGGGAGUGUGCCAGAGCUGGAAUUCGAGCCUGUCCGACUGGCCCCGGAGCCUGAGCCUCUUGCACUGCCCUGUCCCCGCCCACUCCGUCCCGGUCGUCUCUGAGGGAGAGCGGGAACGAGCAAGUGUCGGCUCGUUCGGCCUCAGCUGAGAGCACGCGCCGCAGGGAACUCCGGGUCCUCGCUAGUCUGCACACGUCUGUGAGUGAUCCCAGAAGCGCCGCAGGUGUUGGUUUUGGGACCACAAAUCGGCAGAUCCACAAAUUCAGAGUCACAAAUCAUGACUGACUGUACCAUGUUCACAAAGGACAAAGUGACCACAUGAUUGUCUUGAUAGGUGCAGGAAAAGCAUUUGAUAAAAUUCAGCACCAUUCACGAUAAAUGUGCUCAGCGAGCUGGGAGUGAGAGGGAACCUCCUCGACACAACGAAGGGCGUCUGUGAAACACCCACGGACAACGUCUCACCUGCCGGCAGCGGGCUGACUGCCGAGUCUGUCCUCCGAAGGUCGGGAAGGAAAACCGCGUUCUCUCGCAGCACCUCCACUCAGCAUUGCGCUUGAGGUUCCAGCCACGGCAGUUAGGCAAGAGAAAGAUAAAAGGCAACCAUACUGGAAAAGAAAACUAGAUCUAUUUAUAGGUUAAUAUAUAUAUAUAUAUAUUCUCGGUAUCUCGUUAUGUAGAAAGUCCUAAGGAGUUCAUUUAAAAAUAAAUCAUUUCAAUAGGUUA